AAUGAAUCCCACGAUGAGUACAACGUGUAAGGCUGGUGAGUCCACAGUCUACUCAAAUCUAGUUAACGUGGCGAUUCCAUCGACCCGCUCGGCCUAGUAAAGCUUCUCUCUCUGUGUGCGUGUGUGUGAAAUUCUUUGGAUUUUCAACCGAAUUGCAGAAAUGGCGGAUCGAUUUUAUCCAAAUGUAAUGCCGGAUUAUGUAGCAGAAAACCCGGCAGUUGAAGAAGAAAAGCAUCCAAUUCCACAAGGCACAAAUGAAUCACUCUUGAAGCUUCUGUCCACACCGUACAAUACUCUAUCCGAGAAGUUCAAACGCACCGCUCUCGAUCUCAAAGAAACUAUAGUGGUAGAGUCAUGGGGACUAACAAGGCAACAAGUUCCAGACUUUACGCUCUAUUGUGGAACUCUUGGGACUGCCUUUUUGCUCUUCAAGUCCUAUCAGGUGACAAAUAACACGAACGACCUUGCUGUUUGCUCUCAGAUUGUUAAGGAUUGUGACUCUGCUUCUCGAAACUCCAGGGAUGUGACGUUCCUAUGUGGGAGAGCUGGGGUUUGUGCACUAGGUGCAGUUGUUGCCAAGUACAUGGGGGAUGAUCAACUGGUUCUUUACUAUGUUACUCAGUUUAAAGAGAUAAAAUUAACUAAAGAUCUACCUGAUGAAUUGCUUUAUGGUAGAGCUGGAUUCCUCUGGGCUUGUCUAUUCAUGAAUAAACAUAUUGGCAAAGGAACAGUUCCUUCCUCCUACACCGCUGCUGUUGUCAAUGAAAUCAUCGAGAAUGGAAGGAGAUUAGGAGGGAGGGGCAGAAGCCCAUUGAUGUAUGAGUGGUAUGGUGAGAUGUACUGGGGUGCAGCUCAUGGAUUGGCUGGCAUUAUGUAUGUUCUAAUGGAUUUUGAACUGAAACCAGAUGAGCUUGAAGAUGUCAAAGAAACUUUAAGGUACAUGGUUAAGAAUCGGUUCCCCAGUGGAAAUUACCCUGCAAGUGAAGAAGAUAAGCGGAGAGAUGUUCUCGUCCAUUGGUGCCAUGGAGCUCCUGGGAUUGCUCUAACACUUGUCAAGGCAGCCGAGGUCUUCGGAGACAGAGAAUUUCUUAAUGCAGCAGUAGAUGCAGCAGAGGUAGUAUGGAACCGCGGCCUUCUUAAACGUGUCGGGAUGUGCCAUGGAAUCAGUGGGAAUGCUUAUGUCUUCCUAUCGUUGUAUCAGCUCACAGGAAACGAGGAGUAUUUGUAUAGAGCAAAAGCUUUUGCCUGCUUCCUUCUUGAUAGAGCUCACAAGCUAAUAGCAAAAGGAGAGAUGCAUGGAGGAGAUAGCCCAUACUCUCUAUUUGAAGGUAUUGGGGGUAUGGCUUAUCUUUUCCUAGACCUGACAGAACCUAAAGAAGCUAGAUUUCCAGCCUAUGGCUGUGAAAAAGUUCAUGCCACUUAGAGAAUGUAGUAGCACUUCUCUUAAUGUAUAGAAAACUUAUUCUGUGACAUGCACCUUAAUAUCUUCUGCAGUAUUUCAUAUGCUUUUACGGUUUUUUCCCA